GGGAGCUCGGAAAGUUAAGUUUAAAUUGUUUUACUCAAGAAUGACUGAAGAGAGGGCUGUGACAGUGUUCAGAGAUUAUUUGCGAAUAAAAACUGUGCAUCCAACACCGGCUUAUGAUGAAGUAGUUGAGUUUCUGAAGAAUUUAGCAAAGGAUGUUGGGAUUCAGUGCAGAACACUUGAGGUACAUCCUGGGAGAGAAGUUGUUAUUAUGACAAUACCAGGAUCAGAUCCAUCUCUGCCAUCUGUCAUGCUGAAUUCCCAUACUGAUGUGGUGCCAGUGUUUGAGAAUGAAUGGAAGUGUGAUCCAUUUGAAGCCAAGAAGAUGGAGAAUGGAGAUAUUUAUGCUAGAGGAACUCAGGACAUGAAAAGUGUUGGCAUACAGUAUGUAGAGGCCAUUAGGAAAUUAAAGAAGGAGAAUAAAUUGAAUUUCUUGAGGACAAUCCAUGUAACUUGGACACCAGAUGAGGAAAUUGGAGGGAAACUAGGGAUGAGCAAAUUUGUUCAGCAUGAAGAAUUUAAGAAACUGAAUGUUGGUUUUGGUCUAGAUGAAGGACUAGCCAAUCCUACUGAUGCUUUCACUGUUUUCUAUGGAGAGAGAACACCGUGGUGGAUACGGGUCAAGUGUCCAGGGAAACCAGGUCAUGGGUCAAGGUUCAUAGAGGACAAUGCAGCAGAAAAAGUGAGAAGAGUAAUUAACAGCUUCCUGUCAUAUAGGGAUGAACAGGAGAAAAAAUUAAAAACACAUGGUUGUUUAAAACUAGGGAACGUCACUACAUUGAACCUGACUAAUCUCAAGGGAGGAUUUGAAGGGUCUUUUAAUGUUGUUCCUACAGAAAUGUUUUUAGGUUUUGACAUCAGAAUUCCACCAACUGAGAAGUUGGAGGACUUUGAGGCAAUGAUGAAGAAUUGGCUGAAAGAAGCGGGAGAAGAUGUUACCUAUGAGUUUGUACAGUACAAUCCCAUGCAGGGUGUGACAGCUACAGACAAAAACUGUCCAUGGUGGAGCACUUUCAGUUCAGUGUUUGAAAAAUUAAAUAUAAAGAUAGAGACUGAGAUAUUCCCUGCUGCUACAGAUAUCAGAUAUAUCAGGGAGCUGGGAAUUCCAGCUCUAGGUUUUUCUCCAAUGAAUAACACCCCAAUACUGCUGCACGACCACAAUGAGUUUCUGAAUGAGAGAGUUUUCCUGCGUGGAAUCGACAUUUAUUGUGAGCUUAUCCCAGCUUUAGCCAAUGUACCAAAGAAAUAAUGUCAACAUUAUGAUAUCAUUGAGGCAGCUGGAAAAAGGCAUGAAAAUCAUAUGAUUAACAAUAUCAACACAGAAAGUUCAUUCUCUUCACAACUGAAUGUGAAAUUCUUGGCACAUCAGUUAAUUAAAUAUUUAUAUUCACUGAUAUAAAGUACGUCUAUUUGUCUCAAAUAUAUUUAGUCAGAGCAAUAUCUGUGAUUGAAAAUUUAUUUAAAAAAUUUAUUUUCUUCUUGCUUAAUUAUGUAUAUUUAUACAUGUACCAAUAUUCAUUGUAUUGUAUUCAUGAUCAUAUUACAAUGUACGGUGGCAUUGUCUAUAUAUGAAUUGAAAUUAUACCAGUACAUGUACAUGUGUUGCAAGAGAAAAAAUUGAAUCGGAGUUUAUUAAGGGCAUACCCAGAAAUUAUUUCAUGUGUUAGGCAGUGCCAUUAAGUUCAGUUUAAAAUUUUUUAAAACUGUGUACAAACAAUAUUUGUGUUGUUAUGAAUAAUUGUUACAUGUAUAUAUAUCAAAUGCUAUUUUUUUACUAAAAAUUUAACAAGAGAAUUUUAAAAUUGCAGGUACAGUAAAACUUGUUUAAUAUGAACAUGGAUAUAACGAAGUUUUAUGAAAUUCCCAGUGAAAUUUUUAACAAUUCCUUGUGAAAUUUACAGAUAUAACCAACUCGGAUAUAACAAAUUUACAGUUAUAUAGCGAACUAAUUUUGAUUCCUCCAUCAACCCAGGAAGUUAAAAAUAACGAAAUUUACAUCUUUCAUAGCGAAUUUUCAAAGAUCUAAAUUUUUGAAAUAUGAACUGACAUAAAAUCUUUAUUGUGAAUUCGCUAUGUAUACUUUAGGAGUUCGUUAUACGGAUAUAGUGAAGUGGAUUUGCAGGUUCCCAGAACUUCGCUAUAACCGAGUUUUUCUUUAUAUAUAAUUAUAUAUAUAACACAUGGAUAUGUUUGAAAUACCUAGUAUCAAUAAAUGAAUGGUGCUAAUAUCUAUAAAAAUAGUUUAUUUGAAUGACACAUUAUUUUUUGUUAAAA